AGCGUGCCUUCCUCUCCAACAUCGCUCUGCCAAGCCCUUCAAAGCGUCUAUGCCAUGUCGUCGACCGAUGCCAUCGAGGACGAGCUGACUUCAAUCAACGCCAUAUUCGACGAAGAGACAUUGUCACCAAUCGAUGCAAGUGCCGGCCUUUUCAGUCUUCGACUCCCGUCUUUCACAUCUAUAGUCCUUCGCAUCGAAUUUCCCGCAGAUUAUCCUGAUGCCCCGCCCUCGGUUCUUGGGACCCAAAGCGUUGGGGACGAUGUGCCAAAAGGUAUGGGAAGUCGAGCAGUGGAUAUAGUGAGAGAUGUACUUGCUCAAGUUUAUCGGCCUGGCGAGGCCUGCAUAUACGACCUCUUAGAAGACACACGAGAAGCAUUAGGGAAAGCAGAAGAGAAGGGAGAAUUCCACCUGAACGAACAGUCAGAAGAUUCAUUACAGGAGGAAACAUCAUCCCAUGCGCCUCAGAGUUCGACUGCUGACUUUGGACCGGAGCCUCCAUGGAUCGUCGGAGAGCCAAUCAGUGAGAAGAAAUCGGUCUUCCUUGCCCGCGUGGCUCCAGUAUCGUCGCCAGCGCAAGCAAAACAAUACGUUGCGCACUUGCUAGCCACAGAUAAGAAGGCAGCCAAGGCAACACACAACAUGACAUCUUGGAGAAUCAAAGGCCCGAACGACACCGUCUUUCAGGACUGCGACGAUGAUGGCGAGACCGCCGCCGGUAGCCGUAUGCUGCAUUUGAUGCAGCUGAUGGAUGUAUGGGACGUUAUGGUUGUAGUCACACGAUGGUAUGGUGGCGUUCAUCUUGGUCCCGAUCGCUUCAGGCUGAUCAAUACUGCUGCGCGAGAAGCUUUAGUGUUGGGAGGCUUCGUGAAGGAUAACAAAGACGAAGGAAGUAAGAAGAAGGGGAAGAAAUGAUUUGGACCCCAAUAUAGCCACGACUGGCUUUUAGGAUUGUGGGAGGAUGUGAUCUGAAACUUCUUGUGUACUUUUUGAGCUCUUUAGACAUACUGGCAGACCGAUAUAGCCUCCGAUCUGAACGCUAUCGCACCACAGUAGACGAUACGCCACAACAUAUCGUCAGAGGGAACAGUCACAUAUACCUGAUCAACACAGCA